AUGGUUGUAAUGUUUUCAGCCACUGAACAAAUUUUAUCGAGCAAACUUCAUUCUGCUGGUGAGUUAUUCCAAAAUGGAAUGAAAAGGGAUCCUGUGACUAAUGAAGUCCUCUGGCAUAAAAUCACUGACUUGUCAAGUUUAUUGGCUAAUUUGCCUGCAAACUCAAGGAAAAUAGGCUGCUUGCAUGGAGCUACUUCACAAGGCUCAGCUUCAAUCAACUUUCAGGACUACAUUAAAAAUGCUUCUCUUAUGCAGUCUUUUGUUUUUGUGGUAGGCCAAAUUGCCAAUCAGGAGAUUGAGGGAUUCCUUGAUGAAUUUGUGAAAGUUUCUGAAUACGAGCUGGUUCCAACUUAUUGCUUGUCCAGAGUUAUCAAGGCGAUGGAGGACAACUGGAAUUUUUGA